GUCCUCCCGCCCGACCCCCACCGCCGCCAGCUCCCGCGGCGGCGCGGAUCGAUCGAGGGGACUCUCGGGCGCGUCCCCCCGCACGCGGAUCUCUCCGCCCGCCCGGUCCUCGGUCCGGCGCGCCUGUCCGUGGAUUCUUGGUUCGGCGAGAAGGAAGGGUUCCCUCUUUCGCCUUCCCGGUUCCUGCCGCCGGCGUCUCGUCGCGGCCGCCGGUUCGGGGCAGGCAGGUUGGUCUUCCCAUAUAGCUUGUCUCUUGCUUCAAUAAGGUCUUCCAUCUUUGCAAAUGGCAGCUCCCAAGCCCAUUACUCGGCUUAUUUCCCAUGUCAUUCUUGAUUUGGAUGGUACCCUCUUAAACACAGAUUGUGUUGUAAGUCAAGUGCUGAAACCAUUUUUAGUUAAAAAUGGGAAAAAGUGGGAUAGCAAGAAAGCUCAUAAAUUAGUUGGAAAGACGCCGUAUGAAGCAGCAGCUGUUGUUUUAGAAGAUUAUGGACUCCCUUACUCAACAGAAGAAUUUCUCUCAAUGCUUACUCCAAUGUUCAAUGAGCAGUGGUGCAACAUAAAAGCUCUUCCUGGAGCUAACCGGUUGAUAAAACAUUUGAAGAGUAAUGGGGUACCAGCUGCUUUGGCUUCCAACUCACCAAGAUCAAACAUUGAAGCCAAAAUUUCCUGCCAUCAAGGAUGGAAAGAGUCAUUCUCUGCAAUUGUUGGCGGUGAUGAAGUAGAGAAGGGGAAGCCGUCCCCAGAUAUAUUCUUGAAAGCUGCAAAAAGAAUGAACACUAAUCCUCCAAACUGUCUAGUUAUUGAGGAUUCCUUGCCAGGUGUUAUGGCUGGAAAAGCUGCAGGAAUGCAUGUCAUAGCUGUACCAUCAGUACCCAAAAGGACUGCUGAAUUCAGUUCAGCUGAUGAGGUGAUCAAUUCCCUCCUUGAUGUAAAGCCUGAAAAUUGGGGGUUGCCACCAUUUGGUGAUUGGAUUGAUGAUACCUUACCGAUUGAACCAUGGUUUAUAGGAGGACCUGUGAUAAAAGGAUUUGGCCGUGGUUCUAAAGUAUUAGGAAUACCAACAGCCAACUUACCUGCAGAAAAUUUUUCUGACAUACUAUCAGAGCAUACAUCAGGGGUAUACUUUGGCUGGGCUGGACUUUCAACGCGAGGUAUAUAUAAGAUGGUCAUGAGCAUUGGCUGGAACCCUUAUUUUGAUAACACGGAGAAGACCAUUGAACCAUGGUUGCUUCACGACUUUGGUGAAGACUUUUAUGGAGAGGAGCUACGCCUUGUUAUUGUUGGGUACAUACGACCCGAGGCCAACUUCCCUUCACUUGAGAGCUUGAUAGAAAGGAUUCAUGAGGAUGCAAGAAUAGCAGAGAAGGCCUUAGAUUUACCUGUAUAUGCGAAGUACAAAGACUCACAAUAUCUGAGAAACUCCUUGAAGGAUGACAACUCAGCUACUGGGAACCAGUCAGUUGUAGAUUCCAAGUGAUCCAAACGUUGUGAAGUGAAAGGCAUGAAGAAUAAUACUCUACUAUUGUUGUCGACGCAGAAAUAGUAGUAUUGUUCUUGUGCUUAUACUCAUUCUUCUAACUAUAUUUUGGGGUUAGUCGCAGAUCCCAAUUAGACGGCUGCUCUCUCUAGGAGGGCGUGUCAUACUGUGUCAUACACACUACUUCUGCAGCAUUCCGUUCCAUGAAUACUUGGAACAUUCUCUUUAAUAAUUGGUAUUAGAAGCAGAGGCUUCCAAACGUAUCAUCUGAAACUGGUGCUGGGAGCAGAGGCUUCAAAAUGUAUCAUCUGAAAUGGUCACUACCCACUUGAAUGAAAUAUUGAAAUGCAUAGAAUGUUUG